CACCUGUGUAUACUCGAACGCGAAACAUCGCGGCUGUUAUAGUUUGUCGUGUAACGAAAAUAAUUCUUUGGAUUGUUUGAAGAUUCAGUUUUAAAAUUGAUUUGUUUUAUUCGCAAUUGAAUGUGUUGUUAAUUGAGCCGAUUAUGUUGUUUAUGAAAAGAACAAAAAUUUAUAAAAUGAAUUAAAUUCUUGGUCCGUUUAUAAGAAUUCGAAAUGGAUAAUCAGAUGGUUAUAAUAGUUUAGAACAGCCAGAAUUGAUUGCUAUAGUACACUAUACAUUCCAAUGUCUAUAUGAUAAUCAAUGGUACAAUUUAAACCGUUAAUUAACACUCUUAUUCACAACAAGACUGUGUUAUAAAUGAAACAAGGUGCCGUUAUAUUUAAAAGAAUUCUUUUUUUCGAAUUUUAUUUUGUGUGAUUGAAUAGAGGUGCGCUUUGGUGAUGUAUUUAGAAUAAACGAACGUUUUCCAACAUUCAUUCCGUUUUAUUUACAAUAUUUUUGCGCUAUAUUCAGAAACUGAUCCAAAUCGACUGUCUGGAUAUUGCACUGUUUGAUGUGAUAUUUUCUUUGACUAUCGGACAAAAUAAAUUGUAAAAAUUAGCUGCUCAAAGGAUUAUAUUUUUAUGGUGACUUACUGCACAUGAAUCUUUCCAAGAUGCGUGGACUCAACUACAUUUUCUCGACACUAUUUCUAAUCAACUCAACAUUAGCACAAUGCCCGUGGCAACGAGAUGUCCCCGAUCUACAAACAUCUUGCUUAUGUGCCUACAAUUUGGGCAACGAACUAUCGGUACAGUGUGACCAGGUCAACUUUAGCUUAUUAGCCGAUGCCUUAGACAAAUUCUCGCGACCAACACCAAUUGAUUUGCUUUAUGUAAAUAAUUCGACCAUCGACAAAUUGAGUAACAACAUUUUUCAAAAUCUCCGAAUACACAAUCUGCAGCUGAGCAGUUGUAACAUAAAAACCGUAGACGAAUUUGCUUUUAAAGGCCAAGAAAAGUUCCUUAAAAACUUAAAUUUACAAGACAAUUUACUGGAAGAAGUACCAAUAAAAGCCCUUCGACCGCUGUCCAUAUUAAGCUUAUUAGAUCUAUCGAAAAAUCGCAUAGCUAACAUACCGGACAGAGCUUUUCAGGGACUCGAAAAGCUUGCUACACUCAAACUUAGCGACAACAACGUAACACUGUCGGUGAAUGCGUUCAAAGGAAUGGAAAACAGCCUGAAAAACUUGAAUCUAAAGGGAACGAAACAGAAACGAGUACCUGAGAGUGUUCGCGGUCUGAAAAUGUUGACUUUCUUGGACUUGUCACAAAAUGGCAUUCGAGAGUUACCAGGUCCGAAAGGCAUUCGAACAUUCGAUGGUUUGGAUACAUUAACAGCCCUAAACUUGGAACGGAAUUUAAUUCAAAAUCUUGGAGAGACUGCCUUUGCUGGCAUUCGAAAAACGUUGAGUUCGCUCAGCUUAUUGAAUAAUUUAUUGGCCGAGUUUCCGGUUGGAGCGAUACAUUCCUUAAAGGAGCUUCGUGUUUUAGACAUUGGAUUCAAUUUGUUGACCGCACUGCCAGAGACUGCGUUCCGUGGAAAUCCCAGUAUAACUCUUCUAGCAUUGGAUGGAAAUCCACUUCCUACCGUACCCGAGAGCGCUCUUGCUCACUUAAAUCGAACGCUAAGAGGACUUUCUCUUGGUGGUAGAUUCUUGCACUGCGAUUGUAAAUUGCAAUGGGUUACCGAUUGGAUACGGAAUGGAGACUUGCAGGUGACCAGUAGAGAAAGAAAUCCACAGUUUUGCGGAACGCCAACGAGGUUACAUGACAGAGGAUUUUAUUCGAUUCAACCAGAAGAACUGACUUGCCCAGAAUCAGACAUUGAUAUAAAUGGGCCGGUUGGUGUCAUUGAUUCUUUAAUACCGAAAAAUCUGUCCACACAUCCUCCAACAACAACCCGCUUAACCACACAGAGUACCACAACUGUUCUAACGACUUCACCAACAACAACGGAACAGACCACACCAACUACAACAGUUGCUGUUUCAACGACGAAUUCAACUACUCUGCUGAGUAAAAUACUAUCAACGACGACUUUACCACCUUCUUUCAAUCAACAGCCCAAGAUAUCGAAAAAUUCACCAACAUGGCAUCAGAGUGCUACAGCAAAGCAGAGACCACCAUUAGUUCUCGGAUACCCGUCAAAUCGUGGCACUCGUGUCGACGAUGCUGAUGAAGUUCAAGUGAAAAAUGCAUUCCGACAAGACAAUUCCGUUAUCAUCCAAUGGGAUUCAGAUACAGCGAAUAUCUUAGGUUUUCGUGUCGUCUACCGACUGUUCGCCGAUAAAAGUUUCAAACAGGGCCCACCGCUUGAGGCCAGCGAACGAGAAUUCAAAAUAAAAAAUGUUCCUCCAUCAGAGUGUAUCGUGGUGUGCGUAAUAUCAUUGGAAGAAAUCAACGUGACACCGGAAACUGUGCCUUAUUCUCAAUGUCGAGAAGUGCGAACAGUUUCGUCACCCACAUCAAAUAUGGAUAAAAUUACGAUUGCUACUAGUGCAGCCAUUUGUGGCACCAUUAUUGUGGCAGUCAUAGUUUUCAUCGCUUCGAGCAGACGAAGAUCACGAAAAAUGCAAUCUCUUAAUUCACCACAAAAGAGCCCACUACCAAUCGGUGGAUUGCCGGUCAACUGUUGUGGACCAGCUGGCAGUCCUGGACCAUUGGGAUCGAUUGCAACUUUAUCCGCAUUUAAUCAUCACAAGCAGGAUUGGGAUCAAGUUUCAGCGUAUAGUGGCCGGUCAAUACCACGACCACGAAUCUAUCCAAUGGAAAAUCAAGGCAUUGCAGAUGAUCUAAGAAGUCAUGUAUCGCAUUUCUCUGGUGUUGUCGGCAAAAUGAACAAGCAGAGCGGUCGAUCAAUCGCCGAUGGACAAUCUCAUCACAGUUUUUCAAAUCAUUCACACAGAGGCUAUUUGGGAUCGGCAUUCCCCAGCAAUUUAGUUAACUCAAGACCAGAAUUACGCCAAUCCCGUCAAUCAUUAGCAGCCAGUGAUCGAAUGUCUCGGGCAUCGUAUACGAAUUCGGUGCAUGGACCCACACAAAGUGUUGCGUCAAGCACGCGAAGAACACGACCGAGAUCUCGAUCACGCGAUCAAUUAAAUGGUACACAUAUUCAUUCACACCGGCCGGGAAGUCGUUUCUCCACGUCUGGUUCGACUCAUACAUUAAACAAUUAUUGUGAUACAUCUGACAAUUGGACCGAUCAUGAUAUGGAUAUUUAUAUGGCUAGAAAUGCAACAACACGCAACGGUUUGGUACCAUUAUGAGGAAGAAUUAUUUUAACAUCUUGAUGUUAUGAGAUUAUAUUCGAUCAACAUUUCUAACACAGACUCUAUGAUUUAUUGUGAGUUUGCAAACGCCCUCUGGCCAUUGCUUUCUUUGUCAUUCAUUUUAUAGUUAAAUGAAAUUUAAAUGCGCGCUUGUUUUUAUCGUAUACACUUGCCGCAAAAUAGUUUUCAUCAUCCACAUUUUCCACAUCAUCCACAUUUUCCACGGCAUCCACAUUUACCAUAUCAUCCACAUUUUCCGCAUCAUUCACAUUUUCGACAACAUCCACAUUUUAAACAUCAACCACAUUUUAAGGGACACGCCUGAAUUUAACAAAAUGUGUCAAAAUGAUGAAAGCUAUUUUGUGGUUACCGUAUUGUUAAUUUGUGUUAUGUUUGUGUAAUUAUUUAUUUUAAGAGAAAAAAUACAAAAUGAGAGGCGAUUGAAUGAAGAAACGACAAAUUGACCGAACAUUUGUGAGGGAAGAUAUUGUGAAUCGCCAUAUAUUAUUCCUUCGAAUUUAUUUUUUCAUUACAACUCUCACAUUGUAUUCUAAUAUCUAGUCCUGCUAUAUAUACAACAAAAAGAAGCGAAGCGUCAGAAUAAUGGAAUUUUACAAUUUAAAGUUAAAAAGUUUAAAUUUAAAAAUGUACAAGAAAAACAUUCUGACUUUGCUCCGAACCGUAGAAAAUUUGUAAAUGAUUGAAUGAAAAUAAUGUGACAAGCAAUACAUUUAAGAGUUAAACGAAAAUCCGCUGCAUUAAGAGAAGAGAUUGAACAUAAACAUAUCAUCCCGAACACGAUAACACAAGUGAAAGAGUAAAGAAAAAGAAAAAUGUUAAAUUGUUAACAGUACGAUAAUAAAAUUGAUUAAGAAAUAAUAAGAAAAUUGAAAUUCUAGUUAACAUGAUAGAAACAAAGAAGUUAACAAGCAUUUUUAAAACUGAACAAAAUUAC